GGAAGACAGAGCAGACAAUUCGACAAGCUGUCCCAGGUUAGCAAUAACAUCCAAGUAGAUGUUGUACGAAGUGGUCGCCGGCAACAAGUUUCCAUUUACGACAUCGUGGUGGGUGACGUCGUGUGGCUGAAGAUCGGAGACCAAGUUCCUGCAGAUGGCUUGCUCCUGGAAGGCCAUUCUCUGCAAGUUGAUGAGUCUAGCAUGACAGGUGAGAGCGACCACGUAGAGAUUAACGGCGACAAAAACCCAUUUUUGUUUUCUGGGACUAAGGUGGCUGACGGGUUUGCUAAAAUGCUCGCCACUUCUGUCGGUACGAACACAACAUGGGGUCAAAUGAUGGGUUCCAUAAGCAGAGACAACAAUGAAGAAACUCCUCUGCAAGAACGCCUCAAUCAGCUUACUUCUGCCAUUGGCAAAGUUGGCUUGGCAGUGGCUUUUCUUGUUCUUGUUGUUAUGUUAGUUCGCUACUUCACAGGGAACACAACUGAUGAGAAUGGGAAUAAGGAGUUCAAGGGAAGCAGCACCAAGUUUGAUGACAUAAUGAAUGGAGUUGUGGGAAUUGUUGCUGCUGGCGUUACUAUUGUCGUGGUCGCGAUUCCAGAAGGGCUUCCAUUGGCUGUGACAUUGACGCUUGCUUAUUCCAUGAAGAAGAUGAUGGCUGAUAUGGCUAUGGUGAGGAAGCUCUCUGCCUGCGAGACAAUGGGGUCGGCCACAACCAUUUGCACUGAUAAGACUGGCACACUCACGCUUAAUGAGAUGAAAGUGACGAAGUUCUGGCUUGGACAGCAACCUAUGGAAGAGGAACCUUAUCAAUCAUCAGUUCAUUCGGAUGUCCAACAACUAAUCAAAGAAGGGGUUGCCUUUAACACCACAGGUAGUGUUUACAAGUCUAAAACAAAAAAUUCCGAAUAUGAAUUUUCAGGUAGUCCAACAGAAAAAGCCAUUCUUUCAUGGGCUGUUCUUGAUUUGGGCAUGAACAUGGAGGAAUUAACGCAAAGUUUUACCAUCCUUCAUGUGGAGGCCUUCAAUUCAAAGAAGAAGAUGAGUGGGGUUUUGAUUAAAAGGAAGGCAGACAACAAAAUCCAUGCACAUUGGAAAGGAGCAGCUGAGAUGGUGCUCAGGUUGUGUUCAAAGUACUACGAUGCUUCUGGCAAUAUGAAAGAACUUGAUGACGACAAAAAGCUAGUCUUUGAGCAAAUCAUUCAAGGGAUGGCGGCCAGCAGCCUUCGGUGUAUUGCUUUUGCACAAACAGAAGUAGCUGAAGAAGAUGAUAGAGGAAUCAAAGAUAUAAGAGAAGAAGGGCUCACCCUCUUAGGACUUAUUGGUAUUAAGGAUCCAUGUCGUCCAGGAGUCAAGAACGCUGUAAACAAUUGCCAACAAGCUGGAGUGAAUGUCAAAAUGAUCACAGGGGACAAUAUUUUCACAGCCAAAGCCAUAGCUACAGAAUGCGGCAUCCUCCAUCCUAAUCAAGACACAUCUGAAGCAGUCAUCGAAGGUGAGGUAUUUCGAAACUUGUCUGUCGAGGAAAGACUAAACAAAGUGGAGAAAAUUUGUGUGAUGGCAAGAUCCUCCCCCUUUGACAAGCUCCUAAUGGUUCAAUGCCUCAAACAGAAAGGUCACGUCGUUGCCGUCACAGGAGAUGGCACCAAUGAUGCUCCAGCAUUAAAGGAAGCUGAUAUAGGACUUUCUAUGGGGAUUCAAGGCACUGAAGUUGCAAAGGAAAGCUCAGACAUUGUUAUCUUGGAUGAUAAUUUCACCUCAGUUGCCACAGUUCUUAAAUGGGGAAGAUGUGUUUAUAACAACAUCCAAAAGUUUAUUCAAUUUCAGCUUACAGUAAAUGUUGCAGCUCUUGCAAUUAACUUUGUGGCUGCAAUAUCAGCAGGAGAAGUGCCAUUAACCGCAGUCCAGCUAUUGUGGGUGAACCUAAUAAUGGACACUUUGGGUGCUCUAGCUUUAGCAACAGAGAAGCCUACGAGGGAGUUAUUGGACAAACCCCCAGUGGGUAGAAGUGAGCCUCUCAUCACUAAUAUCAUGUGGAGAAAUCUCUUAGCCCAAGCUUUAUACCAGAUCACAAUUCUAUUGACAUUACAGUUCAAGGGUGAGGCCAUAUUCGGGGUGAGUUCAAAGGUAAAUGACACUUUGAUUUUCAACACAUUUGUGUUAUGCCAAGUGUUCAAUGAGUUUAAUGCAAGGAAGUUGGAGAAGAAGAAUGUGUUCCAAGGGAUUCAAAAGAACAGGUUGUUUUUGGGAAUCAUAGGGAUAACUAUUGUGCUUCAGGUGUUGAUGGUGGAGUUUCUUAAGAAAUUUGCAGACACUGAAAGAUUGAAUUGGGGGCAAUGGGGUGCAUGCAUUCUAAUUGCAGCUAUUUCUUGGCCUAUCGGUUGGGUCGUCAAGUUCAUUCCCGUCCCAGAGAGACCACUGCUUAGUUUCUUGAACCUGAAAAAGCAAUGAAUACUUUCUAGUAGAUGAUUAUGAUGGUAUAGUGAUGGGUCAGGUCCCUUUGAGGUACAAAAACACAGUGCACAUUUAAAUACUUCCAGAGGGGGAUCAUAUCCAACUCUUUGCGGUUAGACACGACAGAAAUAACUGGUUUGCACUGUCAUAACUUUAAAUAUAAUAAACUUUUAUUGUACUUU